UUUGACCCCCCCCCCUCCACCUCGGAUAAGAUCGGGCGCACAGCCUGCUUAGUUGAAGGGCGCCUGGACACGGAGCCGGCUGGCCGAGGGCGGGCUUCUGGGCGCUGUGAGAGGGAGGCUCUGCUCCCUGACUCCAGGCCCAGCCCAGCGGUAGGACAGAAGGACGGACGGACUGACGGAAGGACGGCCGGGGGGAGGAUGAGCGGCGGGAGGCGGAAAGAGGAGCCGCCGCAGCCGCACCUGGCCAACGGUGCCCCGAAGGGCUCGGCCUGGAGCAAAGCGCUGCGGAGCGACGCGGCCUGGGAGGACAAGGAUGAGUUUUUAGAUGUGAUCUACUGGUUCCGACAGAUCAUUGCGGUUGUCCUGGGAGUCAUUUGGGGAGUGGUGCCACUGAAGGGCUUCGUGGGAAUAGCAGUAUUCUGCCUGAUCAAUGCUGGCAUCUUGUACCUCUACUUCAGCAGCUUCCAACAGAUCGAUGAGGAAGAUUAUGGUGGGACGUGGGAGCUCACAAAAGAAGGUUUUAUGACGUCUUUUGCACUGUUUAUGGUUGUUUGGAUCAUCUUUUACACUGCCAUCCACUAUGACUGACAGGCUGCAGCCCACACCUGCUAGCACUGUUCAUU